UCUAUCAUAUAUUCUGUCCCAAUAGUGUUCCUCGAGGCACAUCACUCAUUUUGCUGUUAUCACAUCACAAAACAAAUGAGGCCUUUUGGGAAAUCCGUCUUGGAUAUAUUUUACAAGGCGGCAUAUUAUUAUCGACGUGAAAACUUCUAUCGCUACUUGUCAUCCAUCCAAAGCCUAAAACCCGAAGCAUUUAAAAAGCUAACUAGUGAAAUUCCGGUAAAUACUUGGGCGAGGUGUUUUACACCUGUACGGCACUAUGGGUUCAUGACAUCCAAUUCAUGCGAAAGUUUGAACAACAAACUCCGUUGGGCCAGGAUGUUACCCGUUUGCUCAGAGUUUACCAGACUUGCAGCUUUUGUUCCUGACUUGGUUCGCACGGAGGCCCAGAGAGUACAGCGCUUCAUUGACGGACUUUACCCAGCAGUCCAUCAUAACAUUGUAGGUCACGGGACCCAGACGUACGCUCGUGCAGUUUCUAUUGCCCAGGAGGUGGAUGCCAGCAUCAGGAGGAAGGCCAUUCGUGAUCGUCCUCAGCCAUCCGCCCCCGCCCAGUCAUCCGCAGCUCCACCAGCCCUGCCAGCUGCCCAACCGACAAAGGAGAAGAAGAGGAAGGGGAAGGGCGCACAGACCGACAGGAGGACUCGCCAGAGGCAGCAGCAGGUUCCACAGUGCCCCACAUGCAGACGUUUCCACCGAGGCGAGUGUCGCUUCGGCCAGGAUAUAUGCUAUUACUGUCACGAGCCCGGACACUUUGCUAACCGUUGUCCGAAGAAGGCACAGCAGCCCCAGCAGCCUCAGCAGCCUCAGCAGCAGCAGCAGCCCC